AAAAGAAGUGAAUCUGGACCAUGACGUCACUUCCUUCACUCCGAGCGUUCUGUAGGAUUUAUUAUUCCCCCUCGGAACUUUUUCUUCGCCUCUUUUAGUGACCUUUUUCUAGACUUUUCCCCCCAGCUUAAACAGUAACCGACCAAAAAUGUCGCCUCCUUCUCGACGGCUUCAGACGAAGCCAGUGAUCACCUGCCUGAAGACUUUCCUCAUCUCCUACAGCCUUAUUUUCUGGUUCACGGGCAUGAUCCUGCUGGCAGUGGGUGUGUGGGGGAAGGUCAACUUGGAGGCGUACAUCGUGCUGGCUACAGACGAGACCACCAAUGCACCAUACGUCCUCAUCGGAACCGGCGCCGCCAUCAUUAUUUUCGGCCUGUUUGGUUGCUUUGCUACAUGCCGUGGCAGCCCGUGGAUGCUCAAACUGUAUGCCAUGUUCUUGACCGUGGUGUUCCUGGCAGAGCUUGUGGCCGGUAUAUCAGGCUUCAUCUUCAGGCAUGAGAUAAAAGCUAAAUUGGGCAGCGCGUACAAAAAUGCAGUGAAGUCGUACAACAGCACCGAAAGCAGCAGAACCGCGGUGGACGUCAUCCAGAGGACUUUACAUUGCUGCGGUGUGAAAAAUUACACAGACUGGGCUGACACAGACUACUUUAAAGACAAGGGAAUCCCUGCCAGCUGCUGCAAAGUCAACACCAACUGUUCCCCGGAAAACCUGAAAGACCUGGAGAAGGCCCAGAAUGAAGUGUACACGACCGGCUGCUUUGCGCUAGUGACUAACGUGAUGGAGUCCAACCUGGGGAUCAUAGCUGGCAUCUCCUUUGGAAUCGCUUUCUUCCAGCUCAUUGGAAUAUUCCUGGCGUGCUGCUUGUCUCGAUACAUCACAAACAACCAGUACGAGAUGGUCUAAGUGCGGACACGUCGCCUGUCGGCUACUUGACGUGCUGCCCCCGACUGACUGACCCUCCUGUGAUUUUAAACCUUUUUAGAGUGACAAAGCAAACAUUGCUGCUUUUUUACCCACUCACACGGUGUACGGCAGAGGAGCAGAAGGGAAUUUUGUAAAGGGAAUGUAAUGAGGAAAAGGUAGCUUCCCCCUCAAUAAGGGACCCCAAGCAUUUCACUUUGUUUACUUAAAGAACGAAUCUCAUAUGUAACGUUUAUUAUGUAGAUCUUCUCUGCUAGAGUACCUCUCACUGUGUUUCCAUGUAUUGUCUUUGAAAAAUGCAGUUGCCUUGUUUUGUCAUGUUGAUACAAUGUAAGUAAAAUCCGAUAAGAUGACCAAGGAAUGUGUGUGCGUACAUAACGUACCAACGACAUAACCCACAUCAUAUCAAAGUCAUCAGUGUUUCAUUGCUUUGCUUUGUGAAAUCUUGGAAGAAAAUAAAUGUGAAUUCACUCAAAC